AAGGUCUCGGGGUGACGGCUGGCGUUGAGACAGGGGACCAUGAUGUGGUGGAAAUUGGGACGGAUCCACCUAAUGCAACGGCGCAAGACAGCUCUGAAGGUCGAGCUGGUGAUCAAGAGUGCAUACACGCCAACCCCGACAACGUACAGCAACCAUCACUGACACCGACGGCGACAGAUGGCACGCCAGAGGACCUGCAACCGCGCUCGAUCGCGCGUGCAUCAGUCCCCAGGCGCUGGCCCAACGCACCAAAUGUCGAUGAGAUUUCUGAACAACGGGUGACAUCACCAACUAUCCUCAGUAAACGUCCACGACACACCUAUGGGAUGCAAAAAGGUCCAACAUUAUCAUUUUGGCUGCCACACCGCAUCGCUUCCGGCAUCAACAACGCCCAUGUGCUCGCCCCUGCUCCUAUAAUUGGGCGGCUUUUCCUGGUGGAAGCCUCGGCCCGCCGGGACGUCUGCCGCCUAGUGGCAAAUGACACCUGGUACAGUGCAGCCAUUGCAAAGCUAAAAAAGGAGACCCCUUUGAAAUUUCCCCUCUACCCCUCCUUACAUUUCACCGACGCCGCCACCCCCCGCCAAUCCUCUCUGCUGGGUGUACCUGGACAUUUUCAGCUCCACCGUCCCGCGUCGCUCCGCUUGCAUCUCACAAUAUAUUGGUGGAAUGGCUCCCCGUUUAUAGACAACAGCAAGUUGUUCCUCUAA